AACACACGGCAACAUCGCCUUUGUUUCUAUGACGCGCAUUUACUUUCAAGUUGUCGGCCAGUGACGACCGCCCAGAAAAUUUGACGUGGCUACUACGUAUACCCCGUUUGCCCACUCCGAUUGCAGCAAAGCUGGUGACGAGAAAUACGUAACUGGAGUUCACAUUAUUGUACAAUGGACAGUAUGGUGGACGAGAACGGUUCUGUUGACCCUUUGGCACCUUCCCCAGGUCCCCAGUCUCCCAUUUCGGUAUCGGUAGGAGUCAACAACUCGCAACCGCAUCUAGUGACAGCCACUAACAUAGUUCAACUCACUUUACCUACCACUCAAACACAGGCACAGGUACAAAGUGUCAUUCAACCCAAUCAACAGUCUGUCAUACAAACUGCUGCAAAUUUACAACCUAUGUUGAGCAAAGGAAAUGUAAUUCUUGUUAGCAAACCAAAUUCUGUUAUACAGACUACCCAAGGAAGCCUUCAAGCAUUACAAGUAGUUGAGACAGCUAGUGACGAGAGUUUUUCUGAAGACGAGUGUCCCAAAAAACGCAGAGAUGUGUUAUCUAGGAGGCCAUCUUACAGAAAAAUCCUGAAUGAUUUAGGCGGGGGUGAGAUAGCUGAAGGCAAAGUGGAGCAAACUUCCUCAGAGGCAGACAGUGAAUUAUCCUCACAUUCUAUCCCAUACCACACAGGCAUGUCAGUCAAGGCAGAAAGUAUUGAAGCAAAAAAUACCUCUAACCUGAAUGGAUUGAGGUUGACAGAUCAAGAAUGGCCUAAUACUAAAACUGUUAAAUCGGAGAAAGUAGACUACGAAUUUUCAGUUUUACCGGCGACAGCAAUACAAAUAUCCAGUGGCGAGGGUGCUGGUCACGGUUUGCACACUUUAACGAUGACGAAUUCGACACAAGGGGGCGCUAUCGUGCAGUACGCCCAAGGACAGGAAUUUUUUGUACCUGUGGUGGCCCAAAGUGGCAGCAUAUCUGGUCAGGGCGAAGACCAGUCCAGAAAGCGCGAGAUGCGCCUGUUGAAGAACAGGGAGGCAGCAAGGGAGUGCCGCAGGAAAAAGAAGGAGUACAUCAAGUGCCUGGAGAACAGGGUUGCCGUUCUGGAGAACCAGAACAAGACCCUCAUGGACGAGCUGACCACGCUCAAAGAUCUUUAUUGUUCGCAGAAAGUAGAAUGAAACUCGAGCUUGGGUAGAUUGGUGUCGGACUCUGCCGAGGUAUUUGUCUGUAGGCUAGUGAGGGAAAUUGUGCUUUAAUGUUUAACCAAGAGAUCUUGUGCAAUCACAGCCGAUACGAGUUGAAAUCACCCCUGAAAUCGAAGAGGGAGGACCGAGGAUCGAAGACGAGGACGCAGAAGGUAGGAUGGACCAGCUUAAGAGCUGCCAUCCAGUUGAAAAUUCAUGAAAACCGGUGAUAUAGCUUUUAAAGUUGUUAUUUUCGAAUAGAAGAGAUCGUUUCAGUUUGGUUUCAGUCCAGAUCUGAUCGUAGAAGUUUACCCAAAGAAUGUUAUUAGAGUACUUAAAGUUUAUAUUUGUUGAAUGGUUUAACUAUCGAUACGUUGCUAUUUUAUUCUCAGAUCUGUUGUAAACAUGUUAUUUUAUUGAAUAGGCUGUAUAUCUAGUACAAGCGAAGGAUUUAACUGUUAGGUUUAAGUUAACUUGGAAAAAUUUGGUGUGCUUUAUGGAUCUACGUUGAAUUUUUCGUUAUUUAUGUUGUAGCGACUCAUUGCGAAUUCUUUAAACUAGUCAUAAAUUAAUACGGGCUCGAGGGGCUUUAUGAUCUUUUUCUAUCAAAUAUUUAACACUUUUUAUCGAUUUCGAGAACGUCUUUCUGCUUCUCAAAACGCUCCGUUUAGAAGUUGCGAGUUGAAUUCAAUUUAGUUACCGAAAUAAUAAAAAUAAUGGGAGAUUGAACAGAUUUAUUUUUCAUAUACGAAGAUGUAAAUAAAAUUGUAUAUUAUGUAUAUUGAAAUAAAGGAUGAGGGUUGUGAUGGAGGAGCCACUCUGUAUAUAAAAUAGAACCAAGUGUGAGGUGCCUGUUAGCAAUCGAAAUUUUUUUUUCGGAAUUUUUGUAUAAAAUUCAUUAUGGUGACGACUAUCCAUUUUUUUUCAUGUGGAAGGCCCCAUAGAAAGGACGAGAGUAGUAUUUAUUUUCAUAUAAUCUGAUUGGAGUGCCUUUGUAAUCAUAAAGAAGAACAAGAAAAUGUUAUGCAACUCUAUGAAACUAGUGCCAUAACGAUUUUUUCUUGGUUUUAUAGAUGCGAAAUGUUUUGCCUCGGAAAAAUGACUGAGGUAUGAUAGACGACUAUUUUUACAUAUCAAAUAUCGUGACAUGAUAUUUCUGACUAAUUGCCGUUUGAUUUUUUUUGUUUCGUUUUCAGGUACCACUAUUUUUGUAGAUUUCACACCAAUAAGUGUGUUUUAGCAGUUAAUUUGUACAUAAGUAUCAAUAGUUGUUAAAGUAUUAGUUGAAAGAUUUAUUAUAUUAAAUUGGAUAUAAUAUUUUAAAA